AUGCAUCUUUUCAGUACUUUCCCAUUGGUUUUUUGUGCUGUUAUCGUAGUCCAAGCUUGUGGCCCACCGAUGGAAGCGGAAGCACCACGAGGACCACCAGGGCGAGAUGGCCGGGAUGGAAUUCAAGGAAAGCCAGGAAUUCCGGGGAGAGAUGGUCCACAAGGAAUACGAGGAGCACCAGGACCAUUAGGGGAGCAAGGUGAGAUAGGUGAUAAAGGAGAAAAGGGACCAAAAGGACUGAAAGGUCAACGAGGACCGCAAGGAACCAUAGGGCCAAUGGGAGGAUAG